CCAAAAUUAAGAGGCUUUAUAGAAGAAGCUAAGCUAGAGAGAACGGAGGGCGAUCAGUCACUGGACCGAUUGUUAAAAGAUCAAACAAAACUGAAAGAGUUUAUUAUUAUUAUCCUCAUUUAACAACUCAAAAAGGGUUUCUAAGUUAUUAAAUUUGAAGGAUCCAUAAGUUCAAUUUUAUUUUCUAAAUUACUCUCUCUCUCUCUCUCUAGAUUCUUAAGUCUCUCUGGGUUUUGUUUUGAUGAUGAUGAUGGAUGAUGAUAAAACUCCCCAAGAUAGUUCUCCAGCUAUAAUGGAUGCUGAGAUGACAGGAGAGAUAUCACACAGCCAACACGAAAGAUGGAGAUGCCUUGUCUUAGAUAUAGAGUUGAGAGCACAACAAGAAGACGGCUCCUCCACUCCUCCUCAUAGCUCUGUCUCCAAAAGGUUCAGCUUCUCUCCCAUGCCAAGUCCUAGAAUCGGUCCGAGAAGAGCCAGUCUCAAGAACGUCUUCAACUUCAGAAACCGGAACAACAACAACAACAACAAUGCAGCAGAUAUUGAGGAAGGUGCCGCUUUGGUGUCUAGCAUCCCAAGAACAUGGUCUCUCACCAAUCUCUUAACACUCCGAAGAUCCAACAAGACAGAGUCUUUACCGGUAACCCCUUUGGUCCACUCGAAUCCUGAGUCAAUGCACGGUAGAAGCUAUGCCGUCGAUGAUGAUGAUGAUGAUGAUGAUCAAGCUAUUACUUCCAUGGCCAGAGAGCAUACACUGCCUAUUCGCCGUACACGCUCUGUCCCAACGCUCAUCGACAACAACAGAGAUGGAAAUGCGAAACCCUUAGGGCUUCUCCGCGUGAUUCCCACUCCAUCUCGGAGGUUGGAUACUGAGAGUAGACUCGAUGGAGGAGAAGACGUUCCGGAAGAGGAAGCUGUGUGCAGGAUCUGUAUGGUUGAGUUGGGAGAAGACUCGGAAGCUUUCAAGAUGGAGUGCAUGUGCAAAGGAGAGCUAGCUCUUGCUCACAGAGCCUGCACCAUCAAAUGGUUCACUAUCAAAGGGAACAUAACCUGUGAUGUCUGCAAACAAGUGGUGAGAAAUCUCCCCGUGACGCUUCUCCGCGUGGAGGAUUCUUCUUCUCAGGACCGGUCUAGUAGGCGUGCGUUAAACGAAUGGCAAGAUGUGCCGGUUCUUGUCAUUGUAAGCAUGCUUGCUUACUUCUGUUUCCUCGAGCAGCUUUUGGUGAUGGAAAUGAAAUCUAGCGCCGUUGCAGUAGCUUUGCCAUUCUCUUGCAUUAUUGGUCUUCUUGCAUCGGUUAUAUCAACAACAAUGGCGAAGAGGAACUAUGUGUGGAUAUUCGCAACCAUCCAGUUUGGUUUAGUGGUGCUCUUCGGUCAUGUUUUCUACUCACUUCUUAAGCAGCCGGUUGUGUGCAUUGUCUUAGCCACUAUGAUUGGAUUUGGAAUCACCAUGUCCGGCACAACGGGUAUUAACCAGUUUUUUAAAUGGAGGAGAAGCCGUACUCAUCACCAGCCGGCAGGCACUCAGGUGGCUCCACCACAGUCUCAGACAUCAGAGUAGGUGUUUUGCUGAAGCUAGUGAUGUCUUGUUAGUUUUGGUUAAAAGAAUUUAGUUUUAGGUUUUAAGCUGAAUCCAUUUUGUCAGUGUUGUUGUGAUGUAAGAGCAGUUUGAUACUAUUCUGUGACAUCUUAUAUAUUGUUUUUAAUUUUCUU